CACAAUAUGAUAUUACUGAAAAAGAAGAUAUAGGUUAAUAGUGUUUAUUAAUUUAUCAAAGUUUGUUUCGAGUUAAGUGUUAAAUAUUUACUAGAAAUUGAAACAUGAUGCCUGUACAAACUAUUAAUAACCAAUCAGGAAUUCCUGAUAAAAUGUGGCAACCUCCUUUCGUUCAAUUUGAAACGACAAUGGGGGAAUUCGUUGUUGAAUUAUAUUGGAAACAUGCGCCGAAUACCUGUAGAAAUUUUGCAGAAUUAGCUCGAAGAGGUUACUACAACAAUGUUAUUUUCCAUAGAAUAAUACGCGACUUUAUGAUACAAGGAGGAGACCCCACCGGAACUGGAAAAGGAGGUACAUCUAUAUAUGGACAAACUUUUAGAGAUGAAAUCCAUCCAGAAUUAAAACAUAGUGGUGCUGGGAUUCUCUCUAUGGCUAAUUCUGGGCCUGAUACUAAUGGUUCGCAAUUUUUUAUUACACUGGCCCCAACCCAGUGGUUAGAUGGAAAACAUGCCAUUUUUGGGAGAAUAUAUUCAGGGAUGAAUAUUAUUAAUAGAAUAGGACUUGUAGCUACUGAUAGAAACGAUAGACCUGUAGAAGAAAUUAAGAUAAUAAAAGGAAAAGUACUGAAAAGCUGAAUAUUGUGAGAAUUGAAAUGUUUAAUCUAUUGAACGUGUCUUACUAAAAACUGAAAUAAUGUACCUAAUUGUAAGCUUUUUAAGUUUAAUCUGUUUUUCAAUUUGGUAAGUCAAUGAUUUAUUUUUUACUUUUAUAUGUAAUUUGAACAUCCUAGACUUUCCUAGGUGCGCUGAAUUUAGCUAACUAUAAAUGUAGUGUGACAAUGAAUUUAUGAAGCAUUUUUUCCAAAUAAAAAUGACUGUAACAACUGUACUGUAUUCUGUAAGUUUGGUAUGAA